UGAGCACUACAAAGGAUGCUGUUGCCGCUAGGCUAUUACGUAAAUUGAAAUAAUCUUUGAUAAAAGACCAUUGAUAGUCUAUCCAGUCCAGGAGCUUUGGUUGGACCUGAUUGAAACACAAUUGCUUCUAUUUCUUCUUGUGAAACUAAUCCAAAAAACAAAAAAUUUCUUCUAGUGAAACUGGCCUGUCUAGCUCUGCUUUUCGAUCUUCAGUGAAUGCUGGUAGAUUGAGGCCUUCAGGCUGUCGCAAAAUCUCACACUAUUGCAUGCUCUCCUAUUUCCCAUAAAUUCCUUUGAAAUGCUGCAAUGCUCCAUUUGGCUGGAACCAUCAUACCAUUCUCCAUCUUCUCCCUUCAAUUGAACAAUUCUUUUGACCACUCUUCUUUUCCUUACCAUAGCUUGAAAGUACUUGGUGUUUCUGUCCACUGAACGACCCAAUUACUCCUGACUUUCUAAUCCCACAUACUCUCUUCCUUUCGCAUCAACUCCUCUAGUUGCUCCCUAAUUUGUUGUUCACCACAUACAUCCUCUUCAUUGCGUACGUUUGCUUGAAUAGCUUGCAAAUCAUCUCUCUUCUGGGCAAUGGCUUUGUCAACCUGUCCAAAAACAGCCUUAUUCAGUUAUUCCACUCUGUUAAUCUUUUUCUAACCUCCUUCAGUUUUCCCAAUAAUUGAAAAGCCUAAGAACCUGUUCAUUGUAAGAUCUGAUCAUGGUCCUAUGCUUUUGGAUACAACAGAGGUUUAUCUCCCUUUCAGCCCAAUGCCUCUUAGGUUUGAAAUGAUGUGGCUCACGCACCCUUAUUGUCCAGAGAUGGUAGAGAAGGCUUGGGGGGUAAUCUCUGUGUCCCACACUAAGGCCUUUCAGGUUUGAAAUAACGGGGCUCACACACCCUAAUUUUCAUUCUUUAACUGAACUUUUUUUUCAUCUAAAUCACCCUUUAACUAUACUGGCAUUUAAUGGGCAAUAAAUGAUAAACUUUUUGGGGUACAUGGGCAAACAUGGAUAUAUUGCACCUAAUAAUUUAUGACAGCCAUCAUUCACAAAGUUAACAUCCCUUUAGAUUUUGAGCAAGAUUGAGUGCUUGGGGAAAAAUAUAUAUAUAUAUAUAUAUAUGUCUUCUUUCUAUGUUUUCAAAUGGUAGAUCGUGGUUAUUCAUUGAACAAAAAUUCCCAUAUGCACAGGAAAUAUACAAGAGACCGCAUGAGCACUACUAUCAGGUUUGAUGACGUCAAUGACGAGGUCGAAGCCAAAGUCAGACUCUUUGAGGAGGCCGGAGUUGCUGGUGGUUUUGAGACUGAGGAAUUGAGGGGAGCGAGUGGUGUGGAGGUAGCAGAGAGUGUCGGGGAAGAGAGAGAGGAUGUGGGGGUGGGAGCUGAGGGAGGUGGCUUGGGAUGGAGAGGAUGUGGUGGUUGUGUGGUGGUGGCUGUUGGUUGUUGGCAGCUAUGUGUGGUGACUGUUGAUUGUGUUUGAUGAGUUGUAAAUAUUAUUUUAAUAUGUUGUAUAUAUUAUUUUAAAAUAUAGAAUUGAAGAAUAGAACAUGUGAUA